AUGGAGCGCGAGUACGAAUUCUUUGUAACGACGGAUAAGCCAUAUAACCCAGCUGGUGCGGAACGAUGCAUGAUCCGGCGGCUGGUGAUGCGCAAUCACUUCGAUAUGAAGAUGGCUGGACCGCAGAUCAACCCGUCUCAACACUCUUCGAUCAGCACGGCCAUGGCGAAGAAGAAGCUAAAGAGCCGAUUCCGGAUAUCCGAACCUCGGAUCAAGAAAAAGAAGGCCAAUACCGGAGAGAUGGUAGAUACACGGAGAUCAAGAGAGAAGGGCGCAGCAAGGCCUAAAGAUCUGAGAGACAGGUCGGGACCAACGACAUCCUCGAAAGCUGGGGAAGACGGCAAAGACAAGAGAAAAGACACGGAUGAAACACUAGAACCAAGGCCAGUUCUAAAGUGUGGCCUGAACUCUGGUCGGAUGGAUCCCUUCAAGGCUUCACUCUUACCUGGAACCCCAGAUCUGGACAACAGGGCACCCAAGAGCAAUGCCGUCGCCAUCGAUACCCAGAACACGUGGAACUCAUUCAUCUCGAAUGAUGCUGGCUUGCUGCACGCAACUCUGGCAAGCUGGGCACUAUACGGCAUCCUGGCCAAUGAAUUCACUGACUUGAGAGUGUGCAAACUCAAGCACAAGAAUGAAGCAAUCAAGAUUGUCAAUUGCAAACUUGCGACGUCUGGAGGCUACAUAUCGGAUGAGGUGGUUGGCACUGUAUUGACUUUGGCAAAUCUCGAGGUAUGA